AUGUCGGUGGCUCAACUCCCUGCUGUGAACGAUGACCGUGAGUCUAAGAGAGCCAAGGGGAUGGCUUCACCCGUACUAGGAUUCUCGGAUGAGGACAAGAUUAGAACUAUUCAACCCCAUGACGAUGCUCUAGUCGUCACGUUCAGGAUUGGGGAAUAUGACAUCGAGAGGAUUAGACUGCCCAUACAAACUGGCUCGGACAUAGUGGAGGUGGACUUCAUAGUGGUGGAUGCAUAUUCGCCUUACACCGCCAUUGUAGCUAGACCUUGGCUUCAUGCCUUAGGGGCUGUUUCCUCUACCUUGCACCAAAGGGUGAAGUACUCGUCGGAGGGUCAAGUCAAAGAAAUAGUAGGAGAUCAAGCCAUGGCUCGACAAUGCAUGGUAUAUGCCAUCUCACAAAGGCCAAGUGCCGAGCCCCCAACCCAUACCGAGAAUCCCUUAUAG